UCCACAACAACAACAAUUCAAAGMUGUUUAUAAUAAUUUGUCCAAAUUUUUAACUUGUAAUGACAGUAUUUUAAUUCUUUGCUGGUGAUUUUAAUCCUUGUUUAUGUUAAGAUGUAUAGCUGCACUAUAAGCAAUCUUAGUAAUGAGAUUUUAGUCCGAAUUUUUAGCUUUCUUUCUGCUCGAGAUCUUUGUCGGUGUUCGAAGGUUUGUUCAUCGUGGUGUUGUCUUGCAAACGAUUUUCAUCUAUGGAAAAAUCUUUUCAUGAAAAAAUUCAAUAGAUUUGUAACAAACCCAGAAUCUUUUUAUUCAGCUGUCACUCCAUCUCAAUGGAAAGAACUUUAUAUUCUAAAGUCAAAUUGGUUUAGUGGACGUUGUCAUGUACAAAGUUUACACAAAAAACAGKCCUCACAACAUACAGAACCAGCACUAACUAAGGUUAUUUGUCUCAAAAUAUCAAAAUGUGGACAGAAUCUGUUAAGCAGUGUUAAUCUCGACUCUAAAGUGAUCAAUGUUUGGAGCUUAGUUGAAAAAAGAGGUUUACAUGUAGUCAGAUGUGAAGGUGUUGUUACUUCAUUGGAUUUUGGAAGUUUACGAUCAAGAAAUUUGUUGGCUAUUGGAAUGAAAUGUAACAAAUUCUGCCUGUGGGAUUUCAAAGCUGUUCGAUACCUUCUUCAUCAAACAAAYAUAGACCAAGCUGCUGUAGAUAAUCUUCCUAUAUUGAACAAUCUAACUACACCUUUAGAUAUGGAUGACUCGGACGUCAUGAGAGUCAAUCUGGUUGAUAACAAACUAGCAACUGUCACUCAAGAUUGCAUCAUUAGGGUGUGGCAUCUAGAAUUUCAUUUUGAUGGACAGGCAUCAUGUCAGUGUUUACAUACUUUAACUACUUAUAAACCAAGGUGUUCAGUUCUUGAUAUUCAGCUGAAGCAAGAAUCACUUUGUGAGACUUGGUCUGUUUCCAUAUCACAUGCAUCUGAAGUCAUGGAAAACUGGAAUCUUAUAGGCUUUCAGUCAGUGAAAUUCCAAGGAAGGAAUCUUAAAGACUUCGACUGUACAUUCAAGAUACCAGAAAGUAGCAUAGAUGAUGCAAGUGAUGCCCCAUUUAUAAUCAAGGAUACAAAAUACUUAAAACAUGUUGAUGAGACAAUGAGUUCCAGGGCAUUCAUUUCGUGUUUGUCGAUAAGCCCAUGCACUGUAACAUGUACUGAUGUUGACAGACAUAAGAUUGUUAGUGGGUCUAAUGACAGGACAGUUAAGGUAUGGUCACUUGAAAGUGGAGAUUGUCAACUUACUUUACCUGGAGACCACUCAACUGGAGUUUCUUGUGUCACAUUCAAUGAUCAAUGGGUUGUCAGCGGUGAUAAUGCAGGAGAGAUAAAGGUGUGGGACUUUGCUGUGAACAGUCUGUCUGUCCUUAAUUCUCAAGUUUCAUCAUGAAUUAUGUAUGUCAAAUAUGAAUAUGAGAAUGCUAUAUAUGUAAAAAAUAUGUUAUCCAAAUGUCAAUCAAUACCAUGU